AUGGCACCGUCCAAGCAAUUAAAAAUGACGGACCAAAUAAAACCCGCCAGAAAAGACAAAAGCAGGCCUCUGCAAGAUGGCGACGACAGCAUGGGCUGCUAUCCCACACCAGAUCAGCUCUCAGACACUGACACAACGUCCUCCUCCUACACAGAGGCACCAGCCAGUGAAAAAAGGCUGUUUAUUAUGCUGCAAGAACUAAGAACCACUUUAAAUGCGGACAUGAAACUAAUGACUGCAGAAUUUAAACGGGAACUGGCCGACAUUGGAGACCGCACAGACCGCCUGGAG